UGCGCCUCGUUGCGGAAGUCAGUUGCAGCUUGGCUUGCGGUCGCGUGCUUGAGCCAGCAUGUUACCUGCGCUCACGACCAAGCCCAAGCAGCCCAUCAAGCAGAUCAAGGGCCUCAGCAACGACUCGAUCGACGCCUACGCGAACGCGCCGGUCACAUCGUCGUCGACGUCCUAUGUCGACAACAGUGACAAGACGCCCAAGACCGCUCGCGAGGCAACGCCGCCCGACGACGAGAAUGCCUCUUUCAGCGUCACCACCAUGGCGCGAGCGCUUCGCGACCGCAAGCCCAAGAACGACGAGGAGCUCACGCUCAAAGCCGGCGACCUCCUCACGGUCCAUUCGUCGAAGAAGACGGGCUAUUUAAAGUGUGAGUGCAACGGCAAAGUCGGCUAUGUGCCUGCAUCGUACGUCGAGUUUCUCGACAAGGAUGGCGCCGUCACCGAAGCGCCGUCGUCCCCACGCAAGAAGAAGAAAAAGGCCAAGAAGAAGAGCCAGAAGAAGCGCCAUUCGUCUGACGAAGACGAGGACGACGUCGACAUUGAAGAGGACGAGGAGGUCGAGACGCCGCGCAAGUCGGCGCGCAAGACCAAGCCCAAGAAACGCGCGGAUGACGACGACGAAGAGGUCGACAACGACGAGGCCGAGACUCCGCGCAAGUCGAAAAAGAAGCACCGACGCAAACGCCACCACUCGCGCAAGAAAGGUCAUAGCAGCAGCGAGUCGAGCAGCGAUGGCGACACGACGCGGCGCCGGUCGUCGCGUCACCGGCGUCAUCGGUCCCGGCGUCGGCAUGACGACGAUGAAGACGACGACGAAUCGCGUUCGAGCGAUGACGCAUCGGACCGCGAAUCGCGCUCAAGGCGACGAAAGCACAAGCCCAACAAGGAUGGCGAGAGCGACCCAGAGCCGGAGAAGACGAGCAAGACGCCCGACAAGAAGAAGGCCCAUGACGAGAGCGUGUCCAAGGGUAACAAGGAGGCCAAGCUCUCGACCGAAGCCGAAGAAGUCCCAGACGAGAUAGCACAUUGCCACAAGGAAGACAAGUCGGUCUCGUCGUCGACGACGACAGCGACGGCAACAACGACGACGGCAACGACGACGACCACCAGUACGACGGGGUAUCUGACGCGGGAGCAGCAGCAAAAGAAGGACGAGCUGCGAGAAGAAGCGAGCACGGGCAGCACGAAUGCGUCCGGGAAGAACGGCAACAAGAGCACGAUUGGCAAGAUGCAGGACAAGAUGCGGUCGAUUCUCGGCAAGAAGGAAGGCAAUGGCACGACCAAGAAAUCGUCCCGCUCGAAAACGCAGUCCAAUGGCAUUCUCAACGCUUGUCCGGGCACAGUCCAGGGCGAAGAGGGCUGGUACGAGCACGGCGAGUGCGAGCGCUACUACUUCAUUCUCGUCGACGGCAAGUGGAGCUUGCUGUACGGCCCGAUGACAGACGACGACUACGAGCUCUUUUGCAGCAAGGUGCUCGAGUACGACCUCAUGAUUGAGCUGCCGCCGACCCAUCUGCACAAGCACGGGUACUAUCUGGACAAGGACUUCAAGGUGCGGUAUAUCAAGCCGUAACAGUGUCGUCGACGCGACGUAGCGCUAUAGUUAAUAUAUAUACGACCCCCUCUUUUGAAUGUGCACA